GAAGAUUUUCUGAAAUUUGUACACCAUAUUUAGAACAAGGGUUUAGAAUUAUAGGAUUGGAUUUACCAGGUUUUGGAAGAUCUAGUGGAUUACAUGCACAUAUCAAUGAUUGUAAUGAUCUCAUUGAAGCAGUUCAUGAAGUCAUUAAUCACGUAAAAAAUUUAAAUGAUAAAAAACGUAAAGUAAUUUUAUAUGGUGGUUCUAUGGGUGGAAUGAUUGUUCUUUCAUACGCAAUUAAAUAUCCUGAUAAUUUUGAUGCAUUUUCUGUUUAUUGUCCUUUCAUUUAUUUGUCUUCCGCAAGUCGUCCUUCUAAAUUUAUUGAAAUUUUAGCAAGAAUAUUAAUUAAAACACCUUUGGGACGUAUUCCUAUUGCUGUAGCACAUAGUGGAAAAUCUAAUCCUUUAAAUUAUAGAGGAAAUCUACGUUGUUCUACUGGAUUAGCUAUUAAAGUUCAUGCGGAAUGGUUACGAUUAAAUCUUGAAAAUAUUUCUAAACCAUUUUUAGUUCAACAUGGUUUAUGUGAUCGAGUUACUAGAUUUGAAGGAUCUAAAGAAUUAUUUGAUAAAGCUCAAACUCUCGAAAAUCAAAAACAAAUUUUAUUAUAUGAAGAUUGUGAACAGGAUAUGUUUAGGGAUAAAGGUUCGAAAGAAAAGGUUGUCGAAGAUGUUAUUAAUUGGUUGAUUUCAAUGGAUAUGAAACUAUAA